UGCCACACAACAAUGGAUCUACCAGAGGAGCACUUGGAUGGGCUCAAAGUUAUUGCAACAUUGUCUGACAAGCCCUUCAAAGCUAUUGUGAAGCGGGCUGUUCUGGAUGGAACAGAUCCAUCAAAGAGGGAACAUGUCUCAUCACUCCUGGUGAAGUGCCCAGACCUGGCCGCUGACCAGGUGCGCUGCUGCCACGCUGCCCUGCUGGCCACCUUCGUCGAGCACGUGCGUCGUUCGCCGUCGGACUCCGACCCGGCGGGCGAGGCGCGGCUGGCUACGACGCUGGAGGAGGCCGGCUGGAUGGCCGAGAGGCAGACCGCGCUGCUGGAACUGGUGGCGCAGGCGCGGCCGGCGGCGCGUCAACUGUUGGCAAGGGUCGGCUACGAGCCGCCGCGGCUGGUCGACGUCAGGUGGCGCGAGGUGGUCACGGUGCAGUCGAGCGUGGCCGGCGCGGCCGCGAACCGGCCGCACUUCGAGGUAACGUUCGUGAUGCUGCCGUCUGACAGCGCCGUUCAGGAGCUGACGCUCACCUGCUCACGCGAGCGGCUGCAAGAGACAGUGACCUCACUGCGGCAGGCGGUGCGCGCGCUGGAGACGAUCGCCGACGGCUCGGCCUCGCUUCCCGAGCCGUGACGGGUCGCCUGGCGGGCUGCGCCAGUCAGUGACGCCUCGCCUCACCUCCCGCCGUGUCGUGGCAGCGGCCCGCCCAGCAACCUGUGUGGAUGGACAUC